AUGGCAGGAUCCGAUCUUCCUCAGGAUCCUCAAAAAGCUCUGGAAUUCAAGAAAAGGGGAAAUGAUCACUUUCAAUCGGGAAAUUAUGAGGCUGCGGAACAGUUGUAUAGUAAAGCUAUAUCCCUCGACCCUCUAAAUCCCAUCCUACACACAAACCACUCCAAAGCCCUCCUAAAACUCGCCCGCUACCCCGAAGCAAUCGCCUCUUCCAAAUCAGCCAUAACCAUCGUUUCCUCAUCCCCUGUAAACAGCGUAUGCAUGAAGGCCCACUUCACCAUCGCACAAGCCUACCACGCCAUGCACGAAUAUGAAAAUGCGCUUCAAGCAGUGGAAAAAGCGAGGGAAUAUUGUGUGAAGGAUAUGCCAAUUGGUGGAAAGGGUUUGAUUGGGAGUGGGAAGAGUUUACCGAAUAUAUUGGAGUUGGGUUUCAGAUGUAGGAAGGAGGGGUGGGAGGCGAGGGAGGAGAAGAGGAGGAGGGAACGUGGGGAUUUGUGUGGGGAGGUGGUGGGAUUGAUGAGGAGGGAGGCGGGUAGAAGGGGUGUGAGUGAUGAUAUAGAUGUGGAUGUGAAUGUGAAUGGGUCUUUGAUUAAUGGUGAGGACAUCACAGAAGAAUGGAAGAGAAAGAUUGAAGAAGUAGAGAGGGUAUUCAGAUUAGUUGAAACACAAGGAAAAGAUGGGAGGAGGAGAGAAAUGCCCGAUUGGGCUAUCGAUGGAAUAAGUUUUAAUGUCAUGAGUGAUCCCGUCACGACUAAAACAGGUCAAUCAUAUGAACGCAUAAGUAUCCUUCAACAUCUCGAAAGAAGCAUGACGGAUCCGCUAACGAGGGAACCCCUCCUCCCGAGUGAUUUGAGACCGAAUCUGGGUUUGAGACAUGCUAUUGAGGAGUUUUUGGAUGAGAAUGGUUGGGCGGUUGAGUGGUGA